ACUAAACUGAUCCCUAGAUUUGUUGUACAUUAAAGUAAGUGUUGUGUUAUUGAACUAUCUGUUAGCCUAACAGUGCAGUCACUGGCAGUAAUACCUGAGCGUGAGAUACAUAAGCGUAUAACUGUUUGAACACACAUUUUGUCCGGCAUUUGACAGUCAAUUACUUGACAUCCAAAUAGUGUUGUUGUUGUUGUUGUCAAUUGGUUUUAUUAUCGGAGCUCAAGACUUAACCCAUCAGACCAUUGACGCGAUGUCGCAAUCAAAGGGUGUGCUGACCACUGACCAACAGCUCAUAUAUCUGAGCCAAUGGUUUGCCGAGAUGUCUGAACUGCAGACACAAGACUUCAUGAAGUGUUUGGUCAAUAAGUAUAGCAAUUCGGGCCAAUUGACAGACACCGCACUCAUCAAUGGUUUCCAACAUUUCGGUAUGUCGGACAGACCGGCCUCGAUAUUUCAGUGCCGAAUCAAACUGUUUAAUGAAUGGUUCGCUCAAUGGAGUGAUGAGGAAAAGGCCGAACUAUUGGUACGUUUGCGUAACAUUAACUCGACAUUCAUGGAUGAGUUUCAGGCCAAUCUUGACCUGACUCACGGGGCCGGCGGUGGUGGCGACACAGAUAACGCGACCGACGAUCAGCAUAUAAAUCAUCAGCACAUGAAUGAAAACAUCGACGACGACAGCAAAACAGCGAACGAACAGUUGGCACUCAAUGGUCGAGUGGAUGGUACCGAUGAGGAAAUUACAGAGUCCAGCAUUAGUCCCGACAGUGACGCCAAACUCAGUAGCAGUGAUGACUACCCGUCCCCCGAUAAUCAACAAGAGGCCGAUGAAGAGGUCAUGGAUUAUGUUGUUAAGACAGCUACUGAUGAAUCGGUUAUCAAUAAUAAUGUAAUUACCGAGUCAUCAGCUGAAGUCUGCGGUUAAUCGCACCGUUAGAUUUAAGUUUAGUAUUUGGGCCAUAUCUUUGUAGACUAAAAUUGUUUGAAAACACACAUUGUUUUUGCAAAUUUAAUUCCUACUCAAAAUCAUCUUUAUAUACGAAUUUAUUUUUUCAUUCUUACAAUUAUUUGAAUUAUUUUUAUAUUUAUAUAAUUGCUAUUAUUA